AGAGUUUUUCAGUGGGAAGUAAUUAUAAUAAUAAAUAAUUUAUUUUUAUUUAAAAAAAAAAAAGGAAAAUGGAGAGGGAGACAUCAACCGACGACAACAGACGUAUCCGAGCAUCAACGGUGAAAAAUGGAAGCUAAAGAGGAAGUUAUUUCUGUUGAGCUGCCUGCUCCUCCGGCUUGGAAGAAAAUGUACUUGCCAAAGAGAGCAGGGACACCAAGGAAGUGUGAGAUCAUGUUUAUUGCUCCAACUGGGGAUGAGAUUACCAACAGGAAACAAUUGGAGCACUACCUAAAAUCACAUCCUGGUAAUCCUCCAAUAUCAGAGUUUGAUUGGGGUACUGGUGAGACACCCAGGAGAUCAGCAAGAAUCAGCAAGAAGGCCAAGGCAACUCCAUCGCCUGAGAAAGAGCCCCCAAAGAAGCGAAGCAGAAAAUUAUCAGGUUCAAAGAAAGACAGCAAGGAAACAGAACCUGCCUCUGAAAAAGGUGAAUGUGAGAAAGAAAUUCAAAUGCAAGAUGCAGUGGGAUCUGAAAACGAAAAUGCAGAAGCGGGAAAAGAGAAUGGUAUUACCAAUGACAAUCAGAUACAGGAAGGAUAUAAAGAAGAAGCUCCCGAGGCAAAGAAUGCAGAUACAAAAAUGGAAGAUGCUACUCUAGAAAUUAAUAAAGAUGUGAACACCCAUAAGGAUGCUGGUCAAGAAAACGGAACAAAGGAUGAUAAUGAAGGAUCUGAGGAAACUCAGCAGGCAAUGGAAGUUCAAAAGCAGGGGAAUGCAGAGGCAACCUUGGAGAACAAACCAGCAGAAGAAGCUGGUUCUGAUGAAGGCUCUACAGGAAAGUUUUCACAAAUUGAGGCGGAGAAAGAGACUGUCCCAGAUGCUGCGACUGUGGAAGCAAAUGGGGGUGCAGAGAAAGAGAAUGUUAACAGAACUGUCCCUGCAUCUGAGGGCGAGAUGAAAGGAAAACCAGAUAUACAGGAGAAUGAUGCAGAGUGCAACAUCUCUGUAGAUGGAAAAGCAAAUACUACAGCUGGGAGAAUCGCAGAAAAUGGUAAGGUUAGCCAAACAGGCCAAACUGAUGCCCCGCAAAAUCCAGCUCCUCUCGUGAGCUGCUGAGUUCACUGCUUUAUUGUCCAUGACGUGUAAUCCUUCUUAUCAUAACUCUUGCCGAUUUUAGUUUUGAUGACUUUAUGGAUUUCAUGGAUGACUGUAACAUUAGUGUCGUUGCCGCUAGAUGUCACUGAAUGUUGAUACUAGAUUCUAAUGUAUGUAGGUAAAUUAUCAGUGGCCUCAAGAGUAGGUCCUAGUAGCCUCAGCUUUUAUUACUUUGUGCAGGAACUCAAUAUUGUAGACUAUUGACCUGUUCUCAACUGUAUGAUUAGUGACUAAACUAGAUGUCGUGUUUUUUUCC